AUGGAAGUCGACUCAAGAAUCAACGAUCUGCACGAGAUGGCCGCCAUCGGCAACCUCAAGGCCGUGCUGCACUAUUGCCAAAGCGGGGUCAACAUCAAUGCACAGAACACCAUGAACGGAUGGACAGCGCUGCAUUGGGCAUCUCACCGUGGACACGAGCCUGUCGUCAGAGCGCUUUUGAUGCGUGGAGCAAGCAAGACAGUACAAAACAUCAAAGGCGAAACACCUGGAAAUCUCGCCAAGAAGCCUGAUAUCUGCGCACUCUUUGGCAAGGAUCUGGAUCAGUCAACCAUCGAGGAGGACAACAAACCAACGUUUGUCCCUGCAUACCUCGCUCAACCCGAACUCUCCAAGUUGUGGUCAUUGCCCGAAGGAUCCACCGAUGACCCCAAGCUAAACCAGGAGGCAUUCACACUGUCCAACCCCAAGUUGCCAGCCUCUACUCUUGUCCCUCGGACUGGCGUCUCCAGCGCUCCUACACCUACUACUGCUACGUCCUCUUCUAGUGCAACAACAGUCACCAAUAACUAUGAUGCGAAAGAGAUCUUGGUCUACAGACAAUCAGUGGCUGACGAGAACUUGUUGGGAGCGAUCUUUGCCAACGUGGAAGAUACCAUUGAAAAGACGAUCCAGCUCAUUAAAGAGGAGAUGGACGAUGUUCCUGAGGAAUUUGGAUUGGGGCGGUUCAACGGGUCCAAGGUGGUCCCUGUGAAUACUAAGCAAUAUAGCCGCAAGACGGGCGACUUUUUCAAAGGACAGGACGAUGCUAUUGUGGUUGUUCCCAAAUAA